CUUGAUGGUAAUUUUUGUAUCCUCGGAUGUGUAAGUUGACCGGAGUAAAUGUUGCUGGUGUAUUCUUUUGUAUGACUAACGAUAAAAUUGCUAUAAUCGUGAUUCUCGUUGAAUCAACGGGAGAUGUUCAGAGAUGGUUUACCUUUCACCUUUUUAAAUGCCAAUUUUAAAUUCCAGUUGAUCGUUGUUGGUGCACCCAUCACAUUAAUAAUAAACAAAAGUUAAAAAGAAUUGUUCAAUGGCAAACUGCAUUUGGUAAACAAAUAAUUUUAAUUGAUACAUAAUGAGACUUCACUGCAAGCUUCAAUGGUACAGUAUUAUUCUAUUUUUUACGAUUAUAUUGAGUGCGUCCAUGUUUUUUAAAAAAGAGGAUAUCGGAUUGACCAAAACAACACCAAAAACUACGGAAGGGGCACUUUCUUUAGCAAACUCCAAGCACGUUACAAAAUCCCUGACCCAACUAGGAAGAAUGGAUGAAGUCAACAGACAUUUGCUGUUUUUAAACCAUGUGCCAAAAUGUGGAACGGAGAUAUUGAUUUUGUUGUUACAGAAGUUACAAGGGUAUAACAAUUAUAGACAUGUAAGAUUAAAAUAUGGAAACAAAAGGCUGCUGUCCAACUUACAACAGGAACACCUAGUAUAUGAGAUGUAUGAUAUAAUGAAAAAAGAAGCUGUACCAGUAAGCCUAGAUAGACAUGUUUUCUUCAUUAAUUUUACCCAAUUUGGUAGACAAUUUCCAACUUAUAUCAAUUUAAUCCGACAUCCCGUUGACAAAAUCAUAUCUAGGUCAACAGAUAAAGAAGUGAGAAAAGAUUAUUUUUAUAAAUGCUUGGUAAGCAAGAGAAACGGCUGCAAUUUCAAAAACGGACAACCUUAUGAACUUUCCAUUCCAUAUUUCUGCGGCCAUGAUAAACUUUGUAUGAUUCUAAACAACGAUUGGGCUUUACAACGUGCCAAACAAAAUGUAGCGAAAUAUUAUCCAGUCGUUGGUGUUUUAGAGGAACUCAACGCUACGCUAGAGGUUUUUGAAAAUACAAUACCGUACUUUUUCAAGGGAGUACAAAAAUUGUACCAAAAAGAGUUUCUUCAUCUCCAGAAUAAUAGGAAAAAAGCGGAUGUUCCCAAAAUGGUAAUACAACAAUUAGAAGACACUUUAAUCAAUGAAAUAGAGUUUUAUGAAUGGAUAAAAAGUAGACUGUUUAGGCAGUUACAAAUUUUGUAUGGAGAACAUCACAACCAUUAAUACGUAGUGUUUACAUUGAUAUUUUGGAAAACAAAUUGUUAGCUUUAUUAAGUACAUAAUGUGAUAUUAAUCUGUAUUAUUUGAGAUGCAAUAAAAAUCUUAUUUUAGAAUUUGGA